AGUACGUUCCAUGAACAAAUCCAUUUUCUGUAAGUUUGACAGAUGAUCAACUGUCAGUUUUUAAAAACUUCGAAGGGGUAACGUAUUAAUAAAAGCAUUAUAAUGGAAGCAGUACCAAGAUUGCCGAUGAUAUCCUUUCAAUUAAAAGUUAGUCCAGAGCCUACUACGUUUGGACCAAAGUUAAAGCAGUAUAUACGCGAUUUUUACAAUAAAGAUCCAGGGACAUUUACACAUGAAAUACAUCAAUUAGAAAGUUUACGUGCAGUGGCUAUACGACCACCCAUUGAUGUAGCUGGUUGUUCAUUAUUGAAAAGAUAUUAUUGUCAAUUGCAUUUCCUUCAAAGUAGAUUUCCUAUGGGGAAAGAUGGUGCAGCAGCAAUUACAUUUACAUGGAGAGAUACAUAUGCAAAUAUGGUUUGUUCACUGGCAAAUAUCCGUUUUGAAAUAAUUUCAAUCUUAUAUAAUAUUGGUGCAAUGCAUACUCAAUUAGGAGCACUUACAGAAAGAACAUCAGCUGAUGGGAUGAAGAUGGCCUGUGCUCAUUUUCAGUGUGCAGCAUGGGCAUUUGAGCAUUUAAAUAAUAGUUAUCCACAACCAUCUGGUGUAGAUUUAGCUCCAGAGUUAAUGACAUUUAUGCAUCAGCUUUGUUUAGCUCAAGCUCAAGAGUGUAUAUUAGAAAAAAGUAUGCUUGAUAAUCGUAAACCCACAAUUGUAGCAAAAGUCGCAAGACAAAUAGUGGACUAUUUUAAUCUGGCAUUAACUACACUUGAAGAUGGAGGGGUAGAGGAUGGAAUUAUAUCAGAUACAGUUGGUACUAAAAUUUAUAAGGGUUGGAAACACUACCUGAAAUUUAAAAAAGCUUAUCAUUUGGCAGUUACAUAUUUAUAUCAAGGUUUAGCUGCUGAAGAGCAAAGAAAAAUGGGAGAAAGAGUAGCAUUUUAUAAUGCUGCAUUAGCUUCUUUAAAUGAAGCACAAUUAAUUUAUUCAAAUAUUCCUGGAGAGAAAACAACCAUAGAAGAAGCACUCACAUUUACAAAUGAUGUGAUAGAAGGAAAACGUAAAGCUGCUAAAAAUGAAAAUGAAUUUAUAUAUCAUGAGGAAGUACCAGAAAAAGAAACACUACCCACUGUAAAGGGAGCUCCAUUAGUUAAAGGAAUAUCUUUUAGUAUUAAUGAUCCUGAAGUUUCAGGUCCAGAUAUAUUUGCCAGAUUAAUACCAAUGAAAGUACAUGAAGCAAGUUCCUUAUAUUCGGAAGAAAAAGCAAAAAUAUUACGUUCUGUCGGUGGCAAAGUCGAAGAAAAAGACCAGCAAUUGAACACCUACUUAACUUCCUUAAAAUUAGAACAUAUGAGUUUAUGGGAUCCUGAUGCUCAAACAUCAGAAUGGGAACGUUUACCACUUCCUGAUGAAUUGGUAGAAAGGUGUGCAGCAUUAAAUGCAAAGCAACAUGUUAUUCAAGAGUUAGUCGAUAUAAUGGGAAAAUUAUCAGACACUAGCCAAGAUGUUGAGAAAAUAUUAAAAGAAAUUAAGAAACUUCUUCUCGAUGAAGAACAAAAAGAAAAAGAAUAUCAAGAUACAGUUGGAAAAAGACCUCCAUCGAUAGUCGCUACUGAUUUAACUAGGGAAGCUAAAAAAUAUGAAGAAGCCCAUAAUAAAGCUUUAGAAAGUAAUCACGCUCUUCAUAAAGCAAUAACGAUGCAUGUAAAAAAUUUAAAAAUACUUUCUCAACCACUUGCCGAACUUAUUGCCCAUAUACCUUCACCAUGUGCAUAUCUUUCAGAACAAAAUACUGAAAAAUCACAUAGCGCGAUAGAACUCGAACGAAUGCAUACUAAGGAAUUAAAGCGCAUUUUAAGUAAAGUUGAUGAAAUGCGUAGACAAAGAAACGAAUUGCAUACAAAAUUACGUGAUUCAAUUGCGCAGGAUGAUUUAACACGUUUACUAGUUACUGCUACAUCUGAUUCUGGACCUUUGGAUCGAUUAUUUGCGGAUCAACUUAGUAAACAUCAAACUCUAGUAACAUUAAUAGACCAAAACCUUGCUGCACAAGAUAAUAUUUUAGCAGCUUUAACAGAUGCAUAUGCUCAAACUGCAAAUGUACGAAAAGGUGUCGAAGAAAUAUUAAAACGUCGAGAACAUACUAUUUCUUCUUUGAUUGCCUCUUAUGAUGCUUAUGAAGAUCUAUUGGCAAAGUCUAGUAAAGGUCUCGAAUUUUAUAGGAAAUUAGAAAUAAAUGUUUCAAAACUACUUCAAAGAGUGAAAAGCACUUGUAAAGUACAAGAAGAAGAACGCGAACAUAUACUGGCACAAGAUAAUAAUAAAAAUUCUCAAGAAAAAGUCGAUCCGGUAAUACCCGUUAUUUAUGAUCAGAGUCGGAAUCGUACUGGCAGUGGCCUUAAAUUAAAAGAUUACUUAAACAAUAGGCCAGAAAAUGUUCCAAAUCAAUAUUAUAAUGUGUAUAAAGGGCAGGGUAAACAAGUUCAAAUAGAUACCACAGCAAAGUCAUAUUUAAAUGACACGGUAAAUAAGACUGCAAUGCAUUCUAGUGGAGUAUCUGCAUUAGAUGCUAUGUCAUCUACAAAAUCUAUACAACAAUAUUAUCCUGCACCAUAUGCGGAUUACAAAACAAAUUUACCUUAUUCACACGAAACUUCUACGUAUAAUGAAAAUGCUGCUUUAAGUCAAAACUAUAUACAAAUAAAUAGUUCGGAUACUGUAAGUACUUAUCCGCAAGUAAUUGGAACAAUUACAACAACAGAUACUACAGUACAGUUUCCAGUAAAUUCUUUUGUAUCUAAUGGACAAUACUCUACAACUUUAGAUGGACAAUAUAAGUAUUCUGCCAAUGCUCAACCACUUUAUAACUUUCCUAGCAAUACAUUGCAAUAUGAAAGUUAUCAGCCUUCUGUUGAUUAUGCUGGAUAUAAUGCCGCACAGCAAUAUCCUUCGAAUCUUGAUAAGACUGCUAGUGUGACUAAAAAUGAGACAUCAUCCCAAACAUCUACAAUAACACAAACGUCUGUAUCUUUACCAAAUGCAGUUAAUAAGAUGGCCGAAGUACCAGCACAUCUUUACACGACUGUAACUCAACAAUAUAUAGCUGAACCACAACAAAAGCUCUCUCAAGAAUCUGUUUCAACUGUAAGAAAUCAGCAUGUAUUACCAACGGAUAACACACAAAUACAAAACUAUCUUCUUCCUCAAAUUAGUCAAAAUGAAAUACCAUGUACUCAAAAUUACGGUGGUGCGAUGUAUUAUAAUCCAUCUGAAUUACUUACACAACAAGUCACAUCGUGUCAAAGUACAUCCGAAACGACCAAUAUUUCUGUCACUAACCAUUAUAUGCAAGCACAGUAUGUAAGCACGAAUAUUCCUCAAUCUGUUCAUUCUACUACUUCUUUAACUGUGCCUGUAAAUGAUAUGAGUACUUCGUAUUCUUCAAAUUUACAUAGUUCUAAUAUUGCACAAUAUCCACAACAGAGUAAUAUAGACCAAACUAAACAAAUUUAUACAGAUAAAGGGUAUCAAUAUGGAUCACAAGCAUCGACUAUUGAUGCUGCUUACCCUAGUACUUAUGGUUUACAGCAAGUUUGUAGUAUUUCAUAUCCACAAACUAUAUUAUCUACGGAUGCUUGUAACACAUAUACAUAUACAAAUUGUUCUACUAAUACAGAAAUGAUUCAGAGUCAUGCUAAGUCUUCAACAACCAUGCAAAAUUAUUCACAAACAUACCAAUAUCCACAACAAUCACAUUACUCUGGAUAUAGUGGUUAUUCUCAUGCCUACAAUCAAGGAUAUAAUUAUAUGCAAGGAAAUCAAAUAACCAUUCCAAUGACAGAAUCCUAUGAAAACCAAAUGGGAUAUACUUACAAUUCUACUAGUCAGUGUUAUGAUUACAAUCCUAGUAAUGUUCAAACUUCACAACCCACUCAGAUAUCACAACAACUUUCUGAAUCAGUAUCACAAAUAAAUACUGGCAUUAAUAAUAUUUAUCAACAGCAAGAAAGUAAUGCAAGGUAUACGAAUGCUAGUAAUAAUUCCAUGGUUAGUCAAACUCCAUCUUCUCAAUAUUCAGGACAAACCUAUCAGACUCAAGGUGCAACUGAUAUUUAUUAUACAACACCAUAUGGUCUUCAAAUGCAAAAUCAAACAUCCACUAGCCGAACUGAUAAUUAUACUAAUUAUAAUCAAACAUAUAUGCAAGCUGUUAAUAAUGGAACUAAUACAACGACAAGUGCAAAUCCUACUAAAUCCACAACAAAGUCAGAGCAGUCCAAUGUAGAUUUACUUGCUGAUCUUGAUGUCACUAUUAAUCAUGCACCUUUAGUACCAGAAAUACGGCCCGUUAAUAAAAUUCAAACACAAGACGAAGCUGCGACGAAAGAUGCUGCUAGUGAUAACAAAAAGAUGAAUAAAGAUGAUAAAGAAAAGAUCAUUGAAAAUCAACAAAGUAACAUACAAUCUACUGUUACUGAAGAUAAAACGGAAAGCGAAAAUUUACAAAUUGUAUGGGAUACAUGGUACAAUGAUGUACAGCCUAAGCAGGAUCCUUUAGGUGAUCCGGUAGUACUACAAAAAUUUAUCAAUGAAGUUGAAAAAUAUGAAAAAUUUGUAGAUAGUUUACUUGUUAAAACUUUAAGUGGGGCGACUAAUCUUGAUAUAAAAUGGAAGGAAGUUCAAGAAUAUGAAGAAAGAGAAAGUGGAAAACAAUCAUGUACAGUAGCAUUAGCUCAUUCUUCAGAAAAUAGAGUAAUGGAAUGUAUCCCAUAUGAUACAACAAGGGUGCAGAUAUCUUCAACAGAUAUUCCAAAUUAUAUUAAUGCUUCUCAUAUAUUGGAAAUUACACAGUGGAUACCAACAGCGUUUAUUAUUACUCAAGCACCAUUAUUGGAUAAAUUAGAAAUAUUUUGGAUGAUGAUAUGGGAACAAGAAAGUGAAUUAAUUGCAUGUUUAAUAUCUGAUGCACAGUUAAAUGGAGAGAUAUAUUGGCCUAGAGAUGAGGAAGAUAUUUUGAACAUUGGUAGUUUUGUGAUUUCAUUAAAAAAAAGAAUAAACCAUGUAUCCUAUAUCCAAAGAGUUGUUUCUGUGCAUAAUACUAAGAAAAACUCAGAAAAGACUGUUGUGCACAUGCAAUUUCUCACAUGGCCUUCCAAUGGUUUUCCUAAUAGUCCAGGGGCAUUGCUUACUUUUUCGACAGACAUAAUGACGGAACAAGCAUUAAGACGUUGUAUGAAACCUGUAGUAGUGCACUGUCUGGAUGGUGGAGCAUUAAGCAGCUUAUUCUUAGUAGCAGCAGCAACAGUGUGUCAUAUACGUGCAGGCUGCGGAAUAGUCAAUGUACCUCUUGUAUUCAAAGGUCUUCUAAAGUGCCGUAAACAAGUUGUAAAUAAAGAAUCCUUACUAUUCGCGUAUCAGUUGGUAUUAUACCACGCUCAAGAUAUUUUAAUGAAACGUGGAAUUUUAUCGUCUACUCGCUCGACAUUUGAAAAUUUUGAAGGAUUAAAAGGUAGUAAGGAUAAAGCGUCAAGAAAGAUGCAUCCUUCUGACGAUUUCCUACAAAGUCUUGGCAUUAACACUCAACGAUCAGAUAUUGAACAAGGUCGACAAAAAGGUUCUACAACUAGUGGUACAAUACAUUCAACUACGACGUCGAUUCAGGAAAAAGCUAAAGAAGGAGUAAUCGAUCCUCUAAGUCAGCUGGAUCCUUUAUGGUCUAUUAGAAGAUAAUCAAACAGAUCUGCAAGUAAAAUUUUAUUAUGCACCAAUAAAUAAAUUUAUUAUUUAAAUGA